AUGCUAGAAGCAGUCGUUCCUAAAACCAUGAAUUGUUUGCUGCCUAACUUCCAGAAUUUGGCAAGUAUGAGUUCGUUCGCAUUUUAUAUUUCCACCUGUGUUUUGCUCGUGUAUCAGUGUUACUAUUUGUUGCGAACUUAUGAAAACAAAAGGAAAACUCUGAAAUCUGUAGUAGGCAAAUACAAAACAACGCCAUGUUAUUAG